CCCAAACUGGCCUUACUGUAUACAUCGCCAGCUCCGUUGCCGCCGGCGCACACGGUAGGCUUGCCCUCGGAGCCGACCGGCGACCAAACCCCUCGUGGGAUGGAUGAUCCCAAUCGCCGUCGGAGGCAGAAUGAAGCGCCCAUGCAUCCCACCUCCAACCCAAGAUAUAACGUACAACAAGACCCUUUGCAGCAGCGCCGCACCAUGGCGACAGGUUCGACAGAGCGAUACAACCGGCCAGCGCCACUCAACACCUCGCCCUCACAGGCGCGAGGCAUGGGAAGCACGGGUAGCUACAGCACGUACAAUUAUCAAGAGCCGGUAGCAGGAUCUUUCAACGCGCCCAUGGCAACGAACACGAUGCAUUACCCCUCAGGUUAUAGCCAGGAUGGCCGUCCGGCGCAGAAUUUCGGUGGAUAUAACGCGGCCAUGACGAUGGGUUACGAUAAUCUAACUGGUGCCACGGGCUCCGUUUACGAUAAUCAGGCGCAAUUCCAACGGCAGCCUGCAGCUGCUCCGAUCUUGCCGACAGAUGUGUCUACGUCGUACUUCUCCAAUGACCCGAGCAGUAGCACAGGAACCUCCAACCUUCCCCAUGCGCAACCCGCGAGCGCCACGGCGACGGCAUAUCAACAGCCACAGAUGGCGAACUACCAGGCGAACAUCCCCAACGUGGGCGGGAUGCCGCAGCAGACGUCCAGUGCCGAUGUAUCAAUGGAAGAGCAGGAAUAUUCUGCCACGGGCGGUCUGGAGGAAAAAUGGAUGGAAUACCAGUCGGCGCUGCGAGGUGUCUUCCAAAAUGUUCGCAAUGGUGUGCUCGAAAGCGCCAGCCAGUCGCUCCUGGAUGUGUCAAACUGGCUCCUGACCCAGGUUGUCGACCUCGGCCUCAACCUGGACGACCAAAAUUUGCAUGGAGACCGAAUCAAACUCUGGAACGACUUCAAUCACGCGUGGCUUUCACUAUUCCAGAUGCAAAAGGAUCUGAUGGAACCGGGCAGACAGCUGCAGCGAUCGCAGACCUUGGUCCCCAAAGAAGGCUUGGAAAAGAUGGGCAAGGAGCUCGUGCGGCUCUGCGACGGCAUUGAGCGACACGGUCUUGUCGACUACCAAUACGGAGUGUGGGAGCAGCAGAUCAUAGAGAUCAUCGAGGCUUGUCUGGACCAGUACGAGGCAAACGAAGAGUCGAGUGGCAACGGCGGCGGAGCUCAAACGGGUUCCGGCUCUCAUCAAGGGAGCAGAUAA